GGGCGGUUCGGUGCUGCUGCUGAGGGAAGCGGGACCUCUGCCCUCAGAGCGCGCCGCUGCUGCGGGCUUUCUCGUCUGGCCUGUGGAGCUAUAAAAUCUCUUCCGUGUUUUUUCAACAGAGCGUAACUGCUACUGAAAUAAAGAGGUGAGGGAGGUCCGAUGGCGGCAAAAGGAGACGUCCCUGCGGCAGCGGGAUCCGUCGUUGUCCCUUACGGACACGUGGUUGGGAAUGAGAAGUGGAGGGGGUCCGAGGUAGCCCGCAGGCUGCAAGGGAAAACGAAACUCAUCUUUGAAGAUGGCCUGGGACUCGUGGAUUUCCAUCUUUCCAACAGAAUCUGUGUUUUAUAUAUUUCUGAAGCAGAUUUGGUUGCAGGGGAUGAAUUCAAGAGGAGAGUGGUUCGGUUUAGGAAUGCCAGCAGCCUUGGUGGAAUUGUGAUUGUUGAGAAGACUCCAAUAACUGAGCAGUACUUCUCAGCAGUGCAAAAGCUCGUUGUGCUGCAACUUGGAAUGGUGUUGCUUCCUGUGGCAAAUCAAGGAGAAGCUUCUCAACUUAUUACUCAACUUGUCCGUGAACAAAGUAAGGAUCACACCAGUAACCCCUUUCUGCGUAAACAGUGCUCACAGCUGGCGGAGGCUUCUGUGUUUCGGACAGUGCAACAAAUCCCAGGAGUUGGGAAAACAAAAGCUCUGCUUCUACUGCAACAGUUUGGAAGCAUCCACCAGAUUUGUAAUGCAUCUGUCAAAGAACUCGAGCUAGUAGUUGGACAAACGGUGGCACAGCAGAUUCACACGUUUUUGGGUUCCUGACUUGUGUGUUGUGCUGCUCUUGGAAAACAGGCUGUUUGUUUCUUGUGAAUUCUGAAGUUUUGUUUUUAAUGGUAACUUACUAUGGUAAUUUCUACAAUCUCAGCAACAACUACAGGGUGCUGAGUAAUCACCUGGUUUGCUCUCCUCUUUAUAGCUGUUCUGGUCAUAUGGAUACGAACUUGUACCAUCUGCCUUAGAACUGCUCAGAUGAAGAACAAACAGGAUCAAGACAAUAAAUCUGUACUGGUGCGCCUCCUUUAAGGCUGAAUCCCAGCUCUCCUGUUUCCCAGUGGAAGCGAAUGGUACGUGGAGCCGUCCAUCUCUGCUUGGCUGAGAACACUGACAGCGGGCCCUGCAGACUUUCAGAAAGGGAAAAGAAAGCAAUUAUCUUCACUCAACUGACAUGAAUUUAAAGGUUCACUGAGCUAGCUGUCCUACUGCUCUGCCUGUCCACACAGCACACUGCUUUCCAAAACAACCAAACUGAAGAUAGAAUGCAAGCAUGUGUCCGGAGACCUACAAAAAAGAUUCUCUCAUAGGAAGAAUGCCAGGGAGUGGAUCUGGACAGAGUAUGGUAUAAGCAUGGCUGAUUCACGGGCUCACAGCCAGAGCCAGGGGAAGAAUGUGGAACUCCAUGCAGAGAAGGCUGUGGCACAAGGUCGGUCAUCCAGGAGCACAUGCACCACCCAGAACUACAGGGACAGAAGGCUUUCGGCUUCUAACCUGAUCUGACGCUUAGAACUGUACUAAUGGUACAGAAAGAGGAGCCAGAGGAGCCUUUCAAAGAUCUCCUGAGUGAACAGAGAAAAAGGUGCCACUGCAGCCUCAGCUCAUCCAGAUUUUACAUUGCAUUUCUGUCCAUUUUGCACCCAUUUAUGAUAAGCGAUUGAAAAGUGGGGAAGAUGCUCAUAAUGAGGUGUAAGAUCUGUCUUCGAGUAUUUUCAUAUUGGAACAGCUUUGUAACUCUUCAGCACAUGGAGUUGGCUCUGAUCUGAUGCUGUUUAUGAGACCUUAUUUGUAAUGUACAGUGCUGUACCUGGAAAGGACCCCAUCCUAUGGCCGGCCUGAGUGCAGAGUAUGCCUCCCACUGCUUACAGCGCACAGCUCGGCCAUCAGGCUCCAGCCAGACCACAACAAGGCAAACAAGAGGAACGGACAACCCAUAUCUAACUUAACAAGUCUGACUUUCUCUAAGCUUGCCAGGCUCUGCUAACACAUCAAGUACAGCGGCAGCCCACAGCACCUGGUGCUACAGAGCGUAGCUGCGAGAACUCUGAACGAUUACAGCUUUGCCAUACUCCAGAUUUCCUGCUCGGGACUGCUAAGCGAUUACUCACCCGAUACUCUAGGACGAUUACUCAAAUGAAGAAACCGGACAAGACGUGAAGUUUCACCUCAGCCUGCCCGGCCCCCCGUGCGGCGGUGCCCAUCCCCGGCGCUUCUGCAGGCGCGGGGAUCCGGCGGGCCGCGAGGGGAGCGCCCCGGGCAGCGCCGGCGGCCGCGCAGAGCGGUAAUUGCCGCCGUGCCGAGAGAGCCCGGGCAUGGCACAAACCGCCCACAUCGUCUGAGAAGUAAUGAGGGCAGAUGUUUAUUAAAGGCUUCCUAACGAGUCUGUUAACUUCGCCGCCUCACUCGAGUAAGCUUCCGACAGGUACACGCGGCGAUUACUCGAGAGCGAGCGAGGAGCCGGAGAGAGGCACGAACAGGACAGAAAGGCAGAAGAGCCGCCAGGCGGAACCGGGCUCCUCGUGUGGAGGUGCGCGCGAGCCCGGCCCGGGGACAGCGGAACCGCCUCAGAUCGGGCGGUGCGGGCGGCCGAGACCCGGGAUGGUGCCGGCAGCUCCGGAGCCCACCUGAGCCCCGGGGCUCCGCCCGCCGCUCACCUUCCGAAAGUAGCAGUCAUCCUCCGGGCAGCCGCGGGCCGGCAGGGCGUCCAUCAUCUCCGACCGAGAGAGCCGUCCUCCGCGGAGCUGCUGUGGGGAGCCGCGACCCUACGGGAAAUGUCGGCGCUGCCCCACGGCGCCGCCCGGCUCCACCCCCGGCAGGCGGGGAGCAGCUGCUCCGCCCCGCGGCCGUGCCUCUCGCUGCUCCGGCCGGUCGGCCCCGCGCGGCCACUCGCCUUACGGCUCGGGCUCGCCGUGGAGUCUCCGCGGCCGAGCAGUCCCGGCGUGGCAGAGCGAGGCCGAGACGCGGGCGGUGGCUGACGAGCGUGGGGCUCCUCCUCGGCCCGUGCUGCCUUGAGGCGUGGCGAGGUCCGGCCGGGACCCCCAGGCACCGCUCGCCUUCUGUCGCUUCCUCCGGCCUCCUCCCGUCCCCGUGCCAGAGCAGUCACCCCGGUUGGCCCCCGUGUCCCCGGGGCCGCCGGCGGCGCCGCGAUCGGUGCCCGUCUCAGGGAGGGGCGGCCUCGGCCUCCCGGCACCGCGCCGGGUGGGCUCCGGGCUCCGCGUGGGGACGGCUCACCGAGCUGAGCCGGGGAGCGCCGCAGGGCCCGGGCCCCGACCGGGGUGGCAGCGGCCCAGGGACGGACGGGAAAUGUCUUUGGGGUCAGCCUGAGACGUGCACAAAUCUGCCGUGUUCACAGCGCGAACGUCAGGUCUUCAAAAAAUUCCGCUGUGCAACCGGUUCUGCACAUGUUUCUGUUGGACACCCGAGUAAGGAAAUGGGCAGUAUCGGCUGCUAUUGCUACCCAGGCCUAAGCUACAGUUCCGUGGGCUUCCACGCAAGGAUGUUAACCAUCAAAGUGCUUUUCAAGUGAUUAUUAGCAAACGUAUCCUGUCUUCUGGUUUCUGUCUUUCUGUAGCCGUAAUCUUCAGGAGCCAGGAAGGUGUCUGCAAAGACAACUUUUCUCUAUCAAAGGGAAAUAUCUUUGGAAUUACAUCCCGAAUUCCCAAAGCUCCCUUUGAAAGCAUGGGUGUCUGCAGGGAGCUGUGCAGAGCGCUGUGCCUGAGCUGUGCCUGCUGCUGUUAGAAGGAGGAGCACAAGAGUCAGCAGGUCAGAAAUGGGGAUCCAGAGGCACCAUGUUGGCUCUCUUGAGGUCGGUUGAAUUUUGUUCUUCCAGGCACCAUACUGGAAGAACGGUAAAAGGCACUACCUUUUACUUUUUUUUUCCCCACUAAUUCUAAAGAUACUGGAUCCACACAGCAAUUGGUAUGUUAAAGUAGAAAUAGGUUAAAAUGGGAAAGUAAAUUAACUUCCCUCAAUCUUUUUAAAUAGUGGGAACAUGUUUAAUAAUAUUUUUUCCACUGUUAGAAAACGUACUGACCUGAGAAAGAAAAAUAUUUGAAAAAAUCUUGCCAAAUGAGUGUAAAUCUCCAGUACGUGGUUGAAGUUAGUAGCAAUGAGAGACAAAUUAGCAAAUUGUCAGCAUAGGCUGUGCCGAAACAAUCAGGCAGUCAGCACAGCACUGCUUCUACUGGGUUUACUGAAAGUGGAUCUAACAUGAAGGGUAUAGCUAUUACUCCAAACAGAGUCCUAAGAGUUUGUAGCCUGGUUAAAGGGUCAGAUGGUUAACAGUGAGACAAGUGACUAUGACUGCGGUGUGUGUAAAACACAAAUAUGCAUAAGUUUCUGCAGAGAAUGGCACUGAAGAUAACUUACUUGUAGCAUAUCUCGGUGACAGACUGCAGACUGCAGCCUUUCUCAGUUGCUGGUGGAUACUUGGAAUCAAACAAAGUCAGCAGCGUUACACACAGUGAACUUCUCCAGCAAAUUCAAGAACCUGAGAUAGCUCUUACAGGCUUCCUCCCCCAUGGUGAGCACCCUGAGAAUAUCUUCCAACACCCUCAGAACUGCCAGAUUAGACUGUGCCUUGCCUUCGCUUUGAUAAGAGUACUUCAUGACUGUGUCAGGAUUUAUCUCUUAUUUCUAAGUAAGUCUCAGCAAGUUUUGCCUUUCUACAGAGUGCUCCUCUUAGUGAAUAUGAUUUUUUUCAGAAGACAUGCUGAUUGCAUGGUCUCAGUAGUUAGGAUUGAGCUAUGUAAUGAUGGGGUAGGAGCACUCCAUGACCCUGGAAUGUAAAUUGCAGUGUAGAAUGUUCCAAAAACUGAUUUAUCUCAGAAAAUAUGUCCCUACUCUUGGAACCGCUUGGUUAAAUAACUUGUUUCCAGGAGCUCUUUGGUUGCUAUUAGAAGUCUGAAAUAGAGGUGGGUUCACACCACAGACUUUCUCAGUUUCUCACAAUUGUAUUAAUCAGAGGGUUUGGUUUCCUGCAUUGUAGGGAUUGAGCAAUAACAGGCUGGGAAUCGCUAACUCAUGCACUCAGAAAAAGAGAUCCACAGAGGCAGAUGUUUGGUUGGUUUCUGUAAUCUUAAGAGACCUAAUUCAGCAAACUGGUGCACAGGACAUGGCGCUGUCUCUGAGAAAGCAUCUUUUACCAGAUACUCAAGGAUUUGCAUCCAGUGAAAAUCAGUGUGUUGUGCCUAAAAUACUGAAGCUGUGAGCAGUUGAUGUUAUCUCUGCAUCAAAUCUCUCUCUUUGUUUUCCAGAACUCCGUGCUUCAGGCUUUCUGCAUUCUCACAGAUAAACCAGCCAGGUGAAGCAAACAAUGACUGCAUUGAAAACAGGCAUUGAAAGGCAGAGCUUGAGUUGUCCCAGUUUUUGUCCCUCAGAAGUCAAGGUGAGAGAGAGGUCAGAAUUGGAAUAGCCUUACCACAGACACACAGUAGUAUACAUAAAUGCAUACAUAUAUGUGAUGGUAUAUAUAUACAUAGAUGUUAUGUACCAUGUUUCUAUCAUGUCUGUGUAAUUCUGCCUGCUCAGUCAGUCCUGUCCUUGCCCUCCCUCAUCUUAAAACAAAACAAACAAAAAAAAAAAAAAAAAAAAAAAAAAAAAACCCAAACAAGUGAAUAUAUGAAAUUCCAGUCCUUCUUUUAGUCCUUAUACUUCUCUUUGGCCAAUAGGAAAUGGUCUCAAUUUGGGAAAUUAAUUUCCUGCUGCGACUUGUGUUGAUGCAGUUAUACACUGCAGUUAUACACUGAAGAUAUGAAUCUGAUCUGACUUUGUAAGAACAAUACUACUCUGUGGGAAGCAAACUUUUUAUUUCUCUUGUGACUACAAACAUUGUGGCUACAGUGUGGUAACAGGUGCUUCAAAAGCAGCUUUUGUCUCAGACAGACAGGGAGGCUUAUCAGCAGAAGCACAUCAGAAUGAUACUGUAUGAAGAGAGAGGAAUGCUUCAAACACAUGCUGUUUGUCAAGGUAGAUUCUUGAAUUCUGGACAGAUCACAUAGCUAUUUAUUGCUCCUUCAGUUGUUGGCUUGGAAUAUUAAAUAUUCAUGUUUCAUAUUAAAUAUUAAAUAUUCUUCUGAGAGCAAAAAAGAUUUUGUCAGCAUCCCUGACGGUCUGAAACUUUACAGUUGUAGAGGACCAUGUGCAUUAUCUCUUCUGUUGUCGUUGUUUGUUCAUUCUUUGGAAAAUUAAAACAAGCACUUUGUAGAAGCUUAACACCUCAGGGUUUGUACUUCCUGUAUCUGUUUCCUGAGAUGAUACACAGCCGUGUGCUGUUAGGAUGGAUAUUAGGGAUGAAUAUUAUUCCCACUGACCCAAGAUAAAUCAGCGGUGAAGUCGUGUGUCUCUUGCCCUGUUUUGAAUAGUAGAUACAUAGUCUAUUUAAUAUUCUGUUUUGAACUUCUUGUUCUUAUAUAUUCUCCUCUGUUUUUAAUGUUUUUUUUUAUAUAUAUAUAAUUUGUAGAAGAAUAAAGAUUUUGUUUUCUACGUUUGUA